AUGGUAGCAUACCAAGCAUUGGAAAGAUUUGCCUACUUUGGAGUAGCUGCUAAUUUGGUGAAUUAUAUGACAAGCCAACUCCACAAAGACCUAGUAUCUUCAAUAAGCGAUGUGAAUAACUGGUCAGGAGUAGCAUGGAUAACCCCAAUUCUCGGUGCCUACAUAGCUGAUUCUCAUUACAUGGGGCGCUUUUGGACAGUCACUCUUUCACUCCUCAUAUAUACCAUAGGAGUUGUGCUUCUAGUCCUGACUACUUGGCUGAAAAGCUUGAGACCAAAGUGGAACAGCAAAGCAAGCAACUUACAACUAUCACUCUUCAAUCUAUCACUAUACACUAUAGCAAUUGGAAGUGGUGCAUUGAAGCCAAAUAUGUCAACUUUUGGUGCUGAUCAAUUUGAUGAUUUCAACUCAAAAGAGAAGCAGCUCAAAGGUUCAUUCUUCAAUUGGUGGACUUUCCACACAUCAUGUGGUGCUUUAGUUGCUACUUUGGCUGUUGUCUACAUACAAGAGAAGGUUAGAUGGGAAUGUGGUUAUGCCUUGUGUGCUAUUGGAUUUCUAUUUUCGGUUAUUGUUUUCUUUCUGGGCACCCCAUUAUAUAGGCACAAAUCUAGAAAUGCCAAGACUUGCCAUGAAAAGGAUUUCAUUAGGGUCAUUCUUCUUGCCUUCACAAAUAGAAACCUUCAGCUUCCUACUUCUCCUUCAGAGCUCCAUGAAUUUGACUUGCAACAUUAUGUAAAUAGUGGAACGAGGCAAAUCCAUCACACUCCCCGUUUCAGGUUCUUAGACAAGGCAGCAAUAAAAGAGAGCAAAAAUGCAGCAUGCACAGUGACUCAAGUAGAAGGAACAAAGCUUGUUCUAGGAAUGCUUGAAAUAUGGCUACUAAUGCUAAUUCCAAGCAAUUUCCUUGCAGUAGAGAUGACCAUUUUUGUCAAACAAGGUACAACGUUGGACAGAGGCCUUGGCCAGAGUUUUCGCAUUCCGGCCGCCUCCCUCUGGAGCUUCCUAGUUGUCACAAUGCUCAUUUCCCUCCCAAUCUACGACACUUACUUCGUACCAUUCAUGCGCCGGAGAACCGGAAACAUGAGAGGAAUCACAUUGCUGCAGAGGCUGGGCGCAGGAAUCGCGGUGCAGGCGGUAGCAAUGGCAGUGUGCUGCGCCGUAGAGAUUCAAAGAAUGAAUGUGAUAGCUCAGCAACAUAUAAGUGGCCAUGAAAAGAUAGUUCCUAUGAGCAUAUUCUGGUUGUUGCCACAGUAUAUUUUACUUGGCAUAGCAGACACAUUUCUUAUGAGUGGUUUGUUGGAAUUCUUCUAUGAUCAAUCCCCUGAAGAAAUGAAGGGUCUUGGAACAACGUUUUUCACAAGCUCUGUGGCUGCUGGGAGCUUUUUGUGCACGUUUUUGGUGACUAUGACAGAUAAGGUUACUGGGAAAGUGAGUGGUAAGAGAUGGAUAGGGAACAACCUUAAUGAUUCUCACCUAGAUUAUUAUUAUGCCUUUCUUUUUGUCAUAUCUCUGCUUAAUUUUGGGGCCUUUCUUUGGGCAUCAAGUGGAUACACUUACAAGAAAGAGAAUACCUUAGAAUUAGAGAGUCCCUUAUGA